UGUCUACCUACCUCCCUAUCUCGGCCUCACUCAGUCGGAGCCUUCUUAUCAUAUAAUAAUCAUCUCUCAGAAAUGAGCAGUCAGGGCAAUGUUGUGACCUCAAGGCAGUCGCUCAAACUUGACUUGCCUCCCAGUUGCAUUGAAUUCUGCCCCGCCCACCCGAGAUAUUUCAUCGUCGGAACAUAUAACCUUCAAAGAGACGAGCCGCAGGCAAACACAAACUCCGAUUCAUCUGACGAUCAAAGCCUCUCCGAUGAAACCUCACAACGCAACCAAAAACAAACUCGCAGCGGAACGCUGGUAAUCUUUGAAGUUGACAGUGAAGGGACUAUAUCUGAGAAACAGGUUGCAUCGCAACCUUCCGCUGUUCUAGACUUACAUUUUUGUCCUCUGCCGGGGUGGCAAGACAUUCUCGCUGUGGUCUCGAGUACUGGAACGUUGGCGAUAUUUCGGCUGGACCCUGAAACAAACGCAUCGUCUCCAUUACAGCACUUAGCUACGAGCACCAUCUCCGAUGUUCCAGAAGGCGUCCUGUUUCUCUCGUGUGCAUGGCACCCAGGGCAGCCUAACAUCAUUGCUAUUACCACCUCAACAGGCGAAGUGCGCCUGGUAUUGCUGGACGACGCCCGGAAGAUCGCCGAUGGGGGCCAUGGAGCUUUGAUCACUCACACAUUGGAAGCCUGGACGGUGGCUUUCGCGCCUCUUUCUAUGGACUUGCCAUCCGCUGGUGAUGUUCACAGUGCGGUUACAGUCUUCUCUGGAGGGGACGAUUCGGCGCUUCGUUACACGUCUCUGGGGAGCGCCGAUGUUGAACCCGAUAGACCCGUCUUCCAAGCUCUACACCCUCCCAUCAAGAUGGGCGGACACGAGGCCGGUGUUACAGCCAUACUACCCACGUCGUGUCAACUGAAAGACGGUGCGCAUGUGGUUAUCACAGGGAGCUACGAUGACUAUAUACGUGUUUCUGCCAUUCAACCUCUGAAUUCGGUAUUGGGAACUCGCAGGCCGCGAUGCCUCGCCGAAUUGUAUCUUGGCGGUGGCGUAUGGCGGCUGAAGUUGAUAAUGACAGAAACAGAACAAGAUAUCUGGAAGGCGACCAUCUUGGCAUCAUGCAUGCAUGCUGGGGCGAGAAUUGCCAAGGUGGUUGGAUCGCUGGAUGGUGAAAACUGGACUGCAACGGUGCUCUCCCGCUUUGAGGAACACCAAAGCAUGAAUUAUGGGAGUGACUUCCUCCCCGGGACGGGCAAUGAUAUUCUUGUCUGCGUCUCGACAAGUUUCUAUGACAGACUUCUUUGUCUUUGGGAGUCGACCUUGGACUGAAAGAUAACUAGAACGUUAUACUUAAAUAGACGAUAUGAAUGACAUCUUCGCAUCGUACCUACGAG